AUCAUUUAUAAUGAUAAUGUGAUAAGGAGCAUUCCUAUUUUCGAAUAAAUUCCUCUGCUGGAUCAAUUAAAUAUCUUUUCUUUAAAUUACCUCUUUUUCAGUAGCUUACAUGGUGAAACGACACCCAAAUUAUUUGGAUCAAUGUAACGUAUUUUUUUCGUGCACAACAUGUCAUUCACAGCUUAUAAGUCAACAUGACAUUGUAUCGAGAGCGUUUCAGGGAAGACACGGACCCGCUUAUUUGGUCGAAAAGGUGGUUAACAUGUCCUUAGGAGGCAAUGAAGAACGCAUGUUAAUGACGGGUAUUCACACAGUUGCAGACAUAUCAUGCCAUGUCUGUAAAUCAAAGAUUGGCUGGAAAUAUAUAACAGCUCCUGAAAAAAGUCAGAGAUAUAAGGAAGGAAAAUGUAUUAUUGAAAAGAGUAAAGUGAUAAAGGAAUGUAUAAUUGAAUAAUAAAAAUAAAAAAUAAGUAUUAUAAGUCAUCCUCCACAUCAUCUGUCCAAUGAAGCGAAGAUUCUACUGCCUUUUUCCAUACGUUGUAUCUGUCUUCUCUAUCACUUUCUAUCAAGUUUGGCACAAAUGUGGUGAUUCCCUUUACAUUCACACCGUCUAAUUCAUGAACAGAUUUCCAAACUCCAACAGCCAAACCCGCGGCAAUAGCUGUACCGAAUGCGGUUGUUUCACGCAUUGAGGGUCUUUCUACAUUAAUGCCUAACAAAUCAGCUUGAAUUUGCAUAGCAAUGU